GUGAAGUUGAAUUGUUGGAACGCGGACUCCUAGUUUCCCCCAGCAGUGAUGUCUACCUUCUACUAUCGCUGUAGACUUCACUGAUCUUCCACUAUAACUGCUGUAUUUUAAUUGUCGUAGUUGCUCAUCUGUUUCUUCUGAGGUGAUAGUGAGGGCAUGAUGUUUCCGUAGUUGCUGUAGUUAGUUUAAUAGUAGAAUGAGCGAGGCGGAGGAGUUGAGGACUGGACUGAAGCAAUUUAAGUUCGAAGACGAGGGACAGACUGAAUCACAGUCCUUGAUUGUUUCCAUACCUGAGGUCGUGGACCCCCAGUAUGGGAUGUACGUGUGGCCCUGCGCGGUCGUGCUGGCGCAGUACGUCUGGGGGCACAAAGAGGAGCUCGGGGGGAAGGAUGUGCUGGAGAUCGGAUCGGGGGUGAGCCUGCCGGGGGUGGUGGCAGCGAAGUGCGGGGCGCACGUGAUCCUCUCGGAUGACGCGGAGCGGCCGCAGUGCCUGGAAAACUGCCGGCGGAGCUGUGAGGCCAACGGCCUGUCGGACAUGCGUGUGAUGGGGCUCACCUGGGGGAGGAUAUCUCCGGACAUGCUGCUCCUGCCUCCGCUGGACGUCAUCCUCGGAUCGGAUGUCUUUUACGAGCCGGAGGACUUUGAAGAUGUCCUUGUGACCAUCUCCUUCCUAUUAAGGAGGAGCAAUCGGGCACAGUUCUGGAUGACAUACCAAGAGCGAAGAUUGGUCCAUAGAAGUUCUCCUCCGCAAGUGGAACCUGCAGUGUGUUCACAUUCCUCCAGAAGCAUUUCAUGCUGAUAAACAGUGCUUGGCAGGGUCAAACCUGCCCGGAAACCACACUGUGCAAAUGAUGAUCAUCACUAUGAAGGAGCCUUGAAAUAGUGAUGCUGAAAUUACAUGUGGAAACAGAUGGACCUCAUCUACACUGUCCUGCCAAAUACAAACCUACUCAUUUAGUGUAAGCAUAAAGAAUACUAUGAGCACUUUGUGUAAGAAUUAAUCUUAAUAUUAGUUUGCUGGAAUUAGUUUCAAAUACCUACAGGUGUAUGUUGUAUGUCUAAAUUAAUAAAGGUUUCUCUUCAUCAUCACGUCUAGGGAAAUGAUGGGGUACAAGAAGUCAGGAAUAGAUACAUUUACUGUAUAGGCAAAAAUGCUAUACAAAAAAUAAGCACAAGCAGGUUCCAGCAUCCGAAUUUCCUUACAAGUUUAGUUCAGAACCACCCCAAACCUCUAAGCAUCUUCCCUUAGAUUCUUAAGAUUUGAUUAGUUAUAGUUGGGAGAGAUUUAUUGAAGGGCUAUUCUUCUCUGUGGUUGUCAUCCUGGGUUAAUGGAGACUUGCAGUAGUUAUUUAUAUUUGAUUUUUAUAAUAAAUUGUACUAUUUAUAUGGGAGAAGCAAAUCACACAGACAAAAGUACUGGGUGAUAAUUUGAAACAUUUCUGCUUGAAGCACAAGGAGAAUGACUACUUCAUUAAGCAUAAGCAAGUCCAAGCAUGUUAAUUUGGCUGGUACCAUCUCCCCUUCCCCAAGGGAUUUCCAGGUGUAACCAUUAAAGAAAAUGGACAUUUCACAAAGUCCAGGUGAAAUAAUGUCCAGCCAAACAUUUAGGCUAAUUAAAAGGCAAGAGCCCCAUAUGCUAAUCUCUACUACUAAGAUGACGGCAUGGAAUAGUAUACAGCCUUUUCCAGUCAUUGCAAUUUUUCUUGCUUAGUAAAACUGCUUAAUACAACUGAAAAGGCUAGUUUAAUAUUGUGCAGGUCAGCACAUUACAAACUUACAGAUUAAGUUUACAUUAUGGUAUUUGAAACCCUGUACUUCAUAUAAUGUAAAUGCUGUACAUAUUAAAAACUUGCAUGUCUCUGCAAUAAAGUUGUACACUAAAACUUGGCAAGAACUCCAGUUUUUAUGGUUAUCUACUGUACAGGUAGAUCACAAUCCAAUUUGACUACCACCAAUUCCUUCUUCAUUCCAACUUCAAAAGGCCUUUUGAAUAACUUGCUGUAAUUCCUUUGUUCACUGAAGUGCAAUUUCAUGUAACAUUAAUCCCACCAAUAAAAAUGUAAUCCUACUAGUCCAGUUAAAAUGAGAUUUGUAUUUGCAUCCAACAGAUCAAUUCCAGGUCCAAAUUGGUAAUGCUAUUCAACAGCAUU